UGUAUAUUAUUAACCAGCCCCUCUUGCUUUCUCAAGCUUUACAUCAAAUCAAAGUCUCUUGUAUUCCUUUAGUAAGUCCUUUCAACCUAUCUCCAUUAGUAUUACUCUAUCAUAAGCAUUUUUCCUCUCAAUAUUUCAUCCUAUCUUUUAUUUUUAUUGUUGAAAAUUCACCCCUGCAUGUUCACUAUUUGAAGAAUUUAUCUCUUGAAACCAAAAUAUUUCUAAGAUAUGUCAUAUCUUACAUUGAACCAACAUGCCAACAAUUCUGAAGAAAUUGAUUCAAACUUAGAACAAAAGCUUCAAAAUUGGUCAAUUCCAAAGAUCAAAACAAACCAAGUUUAUAAAAUUCCAAUCUUUGAAUUCAACCCUGAUUAUGAGAUCAAAACAGUGGAAAAAUCUUUUGCAGUCCAAGGUCCAUACCAGACUAUUUCCAUUUUGGACUCACGCAUAGUGAAUCAACAUGUGAGAAAAUAUGGUUCUCUGCACUUUGGAUUAGUUCAAGUAGCUGUGAAACCUCUUACCAGAUUAAGGUGCGACCUCCCUAUCUUAAUCUGCUUAAGAGACAAACGACAUUUGAAAUUUUGGAACACUGUCAGAGCAGUUCUUGAAUCUGAUAUUCAGAAUGGACCAGCAUAUUUCAAUUGUUAUCCUAGCUAUCCAGUUUCUCUUAGAGAUCCUCAUGUUACAAAAUGUUUAGACUUGGAUGUAAAAAUUCCAAAUGAAAUGUUCGUUGAUGGAGCUCCACCACCGGUUAGUAUCAUGUACAGAUUUUGUUAUAAAGUCACUGACAACCUCCGUGGUGUAAAGGCCAAAAGAAGUAACACAGUGAAUGAAACUGAUGUAAUAGAAACCAAUAUUGCUCAAAACUCUUCAGAAAUAACCCGGAUACUCAAACAUGAUCGAAUAGCAUAUCCAGAAGAAUGGCUCCAAGGACGUUCAUCCCAAAUCCCAACAGAUUAAUUAGCAGGAGAAAACAACUGUUCCUGACCAAAUUAAGUUAAGCUCUGUGUUAACAUUUCUUGUUUGGAUGAUGUUGGAAGUUAUUUCUAAUUGUCUUUCGUUUUUAUAAUGUUCUCUCUUGUAAUGAUAAAUAGUGGAUGUGUCUUUGUAUUUUAAGUUUUUUAUGAUGCUCUCUUAAUUUGUAAUACUCCUAUUAAUAUUGAAUGAUAUUGGAAGUUGCUUUCUACUUAA